AUUUUCCAUAACACGCACGCGCCGUUGCACCGACGCACUCACGCACGCACACACGCCCUGCCCUCGCUACAUAAAGGGCGAGAGACGAUGUUUUAGUGCCACGGACGGACUUGUCACACGUUGAGCCCCAGCUUUGGCACUCGCGACACUACUGCCAGAAGUCAGUCAGUGGCACUUGUUUACUGGCUCCUUCUCCUUCUCCUCCUCUCUCUUUCUUGCUCGCUCGGUUCCCUCGCCCUUUCGUCGUGCUAUGUGGGUGGCUGGGGCCCAGUUCCCGCCCUCCUCCUCCUCCUCCUCCUCCCCCAUCCACCUCAUCCCCUUCCUCAUUACACAAAACGAAGGAUUUGUGAUCAAUCCAAGAUUCAUUAUAGUUCUCGGCUCGGUUCCGAAAGUUGUUCUCGUCGUCAACGUUGUGGUUCCCUUCCCGACGGCCGCCAGCUUUGGUGUGUGUGUGGACGGGUGUGUGUUGUGUCCACAGAAAGGGACAUGAUGUGGGUGGCACCAUAUGGUGGUGUUGGGUGGGAGAUGAGCCGAAGGUUGUGACCAGCUCCCCCGGGGAGGACUAUGGCCGCUUUCAGGUUGGCUCUCACCCACACCUACGACACCACGCCCACGUCCAGCAUGUGGUACGCCCACAACUAUGCUCAGCGAAGGACUCACGCCCGCAACUUCACCAGGAAUCACUGCAGCCACGACUACAGCCACAAUGUGAACCACGAGUACGCCCACGCUGCCCCGUCGGCUGUCUACGCCCACAACCCAUAUCACGUCUGUCAGGAUCGCGCCAUAGAACCAGGAGUGCACGCCCACGCCUCGCACAACGCCCACGGUGAGUACAAUCGGCCCUACCAGGACUACCUGGUGGAUUAUGGUCACAGUGCAGUCCUCACCCACCCCCACGCUCUCGGGCAGAGUCGGACGCACACCCCGCCCGCCUCCUCCCACAGAAGUUCCCACAGUGCGUCCUCCCACAGCCUGGCCACCAGUCAGGGCGGCAGGUGUGGCGGCCACAGCGACACUCAAAGCAACUCUCCCUUGAGCGAGAUCGACGCCAACCAAUUUGGCGCCACGCACCCUUACACUCACGAAUGUCAGUAUUCGCGCGACACCCAGUCGAGUCGUGCCCGGCAGCAUGCCCAGGAGCAGGGCAGCCACGCCUGUGCCCGUGAGCAGGGGGGAGGAGGAGGAGGAGGAGGCGGAGGAACCUCCCGCAGCAGGCACCACUCGCAUCAGAACCGUCGCCACCGAACGAGGAACCACGACGUGUAUCCUUUUUACCCGGAGUUCAUCCAAUCCAGCGAGGAGGAGGAGGAGGAGGAGGAUGAAAGCGCCCUGGAGGAUGACAUCCGAGUGGAUUUACCCUACACCCACCUGCACUGCCGCGGCCGCAGCAGCAGCGGGCGCGAGGAGUAUUCCCACGGGCGUACGGAACACAUCAUCCGAAGGUUCGAGGAUCCUCCGGACCCGUGUGUGCCGGAGGACGUCAGCACGGUAGGACUUUCUUAUCAGCAACGGGCUGACGUCUGCACAACGCAAGGCCAUCCCACACCAAGUGCCAUCAGUGUCAGUGACGGAGAUGCCCUCAGCGAUGGGCGCACAGGACUCCUCAUAGGCGAGGGUCUAGUCAGGGAAUGGGUCAGGGCCGUGGGCGUCGUUGCAGCUUCAGGAACCCUCGUCACUCUCGUCCUGCUUGGCUUUGGGGUCUACAACAUGCUCAUCACCACCUUAUUCCUGCUCUUCGUGCUCACCACCGUCGCUCUGCUCAUCUUCCUACUGAUGCGAAGGCCUCCCUGCUGCCCCUGCUGCCAGGACCCUUAUGAUACAACUGCUUCUACCAACGGAGACAGCAGCUCACAGACGGCACACAUCCCCUACCUGACGGAGAACCACGGCAUCGUGGUGAAGAAGUGGAUGAAGGACUCCCCUCCCCCCUACGAGUCUCCUCCAGACUACAGCAGUCUCUCCCCAGAGCUCAUCAUGGACGCAAAGACUCUCCAGGAGCUGGUCACCACCACCGCCACUUCUCAGUCUCAAAACCCGCCCGUGGGCGUCCACACCACAGCCAUCACGACCUCCUCCUCUUCGCCCGCCUGCCAGGGGAGGUCGUCAUCGCCCCUCUGCACGACGCCUCUCUUCAGCACCUCCUUCUGCGACACCCCGAGGAGUCUCACGCCCACCAUGAUGUCCGAGAGCAAAGUUUACGAGAGCCCGCCUUCGCCCAUCUUCAGCACCCAUCACUUCCCGACCUCCACCAGCUCUUACGUCUCCUCGUCACUCUCAACCUCGGCGGCCUCUGCUACAGUGCCUUCUGCCGUGUAUGGACAGCCAGGCGUCCCUCCUCCCGCCUACGAGAGCCUGAGACUCUACAGCAGCAGCCAAGAGGCGGCGGCGGGGAGAAGGAAGGACAAUCACUGACGCGUCGAGACGACGAAGCGGCCCACCAGUCAACCUCCAGAGUCAAUCAACCAUUCAAUCAUCAGUAGACUUCUUGGUAGACUUCAGAUAGACUAGGCUAGGAGGCUCUAGGAUCCACUCUCCAUUUUUGGUCAAUUCUAAGCGUUAGUGUCAUCAUGACUAGCUUUAAGGCCUUUUUCUAGUAGUCUACUACAGUCAUUAUACUUAUGAAGGAGUACAGAUCUAAGUAUUUACCGCAUCACUUUCACUUGUGGUUAAUUGUGCUUAUGACUCGAUUCCAUCAAGACGGGAAUGGCGCCUCUGUGUCUCAUGAUGCAUAUUAAAAGGAAAUCAGUGACUGAUUAUUAACAAAAAAAUAUAAAGACAUAACAAUCAUAUAAUACUGAAUUAGGAUAAUAGUGCGUUAUUUGGAUGACUGCCGGUGGGAGACAAGUGUCUCUCUCUCCAGGAGCACAGAUAUUCAACAACACUUUGAGGCAAAGCACAGGUUUUCCUGAAGGACAUUCCAAUGGACGAGUGCAGAAAAGUUUGUUUCUUUAAAUCAAUCGUACUCACUUCAUCCCAAAGAGGUCACUGGAAACUAAUUAAGCUAAUAACAAAGGCCAAUUCUGCCAAAUCUUGGAUCUGAUACUCCGGCUUAAGUGGUGUUCCGUCCAUGUGUGACUGAGAUUUUUUUUUCCUUUUUUUUUAAACAGAACUUGUUUUUCCCUCGGUCGAACGAAAGACCGGUGCGAAUAUGUUUAACGAGUGUGUGUCGUGUGUGCUUGAGUCAUUAUGAGCAUUCUUAGGCGUAUUUUCAAUCACCAAUGUCUCUUUAUUCGAUGUUGUUUAAGGCAAGCUCAGUGGCACCGAUCUAAUUCGAUGAAAUCUUUCCCCUAACAGGAAAUGUCGAAAUGUUUCCAUCGCGGGAUCGUCCGUCUCACUUCAAAUCGCGACGAAGUCGGUCGGUCAGUCCUCUCUCGAUUCCGACGAAAAGUGAGCGGGAAUCUCAUUCAGGAAGCCCGGCUUCGCGAUCCAGAUACGGUGCCGGAAACAUGUCGCUAUCCGCGGAAACACGAUGCGCAUCCAUGUUCAUUCUGGAGCCGAUUCUGGUUACAGCGAUUUUGACGGCGAUCACACCCCCCACCCUUGCCCCAAAAGUUCGGAGAAGUCCCUUGACGAGGACGGCAAGAGAAGCAGCGCUGUGCCCUAUGCCAGAGGAUCAAUGGAGCACAAUAACCAUUCCCGAUAGAAAACAGAGCCGCCUAUCUUGGAACGGAUAUGGGAUCGUAGUUUAUUCUUUUCCAAUUUGCUCGUUAGUAUUUAAUUCUGGGUGUUACUUGUAAAUCUGGAUCUCUACGUUGUACUUAAAAUAGUUAUGACGAUGCAGAAAAGGCAAAUCAUACACAUGGCUUGCAGAGAAUGACUCACGGGGGCUUUCAAGCGAGAGUUCUCUUAUAUAAUAUAUAUAUGUUGUUAUUCCCAAAAUCUGAAAUUAGGUGUUGUAACGAGUGCAUGUCUGUAUCUAGCUUUCCUUCGCCCCGCUGCGCUUUGCUUCUUGUUAUACUUACCUUGGGGUUCACAAAAAACAAAAAAGCAAAAUAAAAAAAAUUAAAAAUGACACGGAAACUUCAUCGUCACACUGACUGGACCACUUUCUCUCUCUUCACCUCAAUAAAUGAGGGAGGAAAGAAAUCUUGACCCUAACUGUAAGUAUAACAACAGCAAACACUUCUGUGGGAAGGACGACCAAGUGGCUUUCAUCAUCUUUGUUUCUGUAAGUAAGGGACAGGUUAUACGACUGAAGGAAUCGAAGGAAGCAAGAAGCCUUUUUAUUCUAACGAGGAGGAGGAGGAGGAGGAGGAGGAGGAGGAGGAGGUCAAACGUCAUUCGCCUUACGUUUAGAUAGAUAGCCGUCUCUCAACGCUGACUGCCUUUAAGAUUAAGAUGCUCUCUCUCUCUCUCUCUCUCUCUCUCUCUCUCUCUCUCUCUCUCUCUCUCUCCUUUUACCCCUCAUUUUUCUCUAGCAAUCUCCAACUUUCCCAAUUCAUCAUAUCAGAGUUCAAGAAGAACCACAACCUCAAGGUGUGUUCACCCCAUUUGCUUCUACGAUAAGAUGGCGUUCACUGCGUGCAGAACUUCACCUGAGAUGAGAUGCAGAGAGAACAGUCUUCUCAACGUAUGCAUAAUAACGGCACUUACAAAAUAAACGAGGAGAAAAGGACAAAUAGCAGACAGCUGACGAAAGUGACGAAAAGAAGGGUUGGCAAUAACGAUCCCCACCGAGGCCAGCAAAGCACGUAUGCAUGUUGACACGCCCGAUUUCUGCGUCCUUAUACCCGUCAGUGGCAGAUUUGCUCCCGGUGUCUUCUGUCCUGUAUAUAAAUUGGUGUUCAGAUAUGGAUUUUCUUUUUUUAUUAUCAAUUUGAUGUGGGAUUGAUGUACAUAGCUCGCUGUGUCUGUCUAUUUUUCUGUAAAUAGAUACCCAAACCGAGGAGGUCCUGGAAGUGGUCAAAUUUCUCAGUCGAACCCAGUUUAGUGAGCGACGAAGCAAAAGAGCAGCAGAUUCGAAUUUCUCCUACCCGAGGACCCAAUUGAAAGAGAUCAUACGUUCGGGGACUAGCGAAGAUUUCUAUUUCACCUUAAAAAACAAAUAUCUGAGGUCACUGCGAAUACAUUAUCCACCACGAAAUACCGGCAAUUUCGUCAGCUAACGAAACAUACAGGAAAUAUUGUCCCAAUAAGGACGAGUCAUACAAAUAGGGUCUCACAUCGAAACGAAAGGCUCCAUUUACCAAAAAGGCUUCAGACUAAUAAUGGAGAUUACGGAGGAUUUCCAGUCACUGACUCAACGCUCGAUCUACUGUUUUACUCUUUGUUUACCACAGUCCGAGUGCCAAACUCAUUCCAAAUUACGUACUGUUGGAAAUAGACUUUCUUUUUGCUGUUGUAGCCACUUAUGUAGAUAACACCUUUUGAUUACAUUUCAUCACAUGUAAAUGUUACCUAGUUUGGCGGAUAUAUUGUUUGUUAUUAAUUUAUAUAACAAAGUUGUAUAUAUAUAUGUUAUUAACUUAAUUCUAUAAGUUAAUGUAUGUCUUGUUGUGUCCUGAGAGUUUUUAUGUAGACACCCCGAGCUCAAUUCUUCGAAGAGCUCCAACCUCGUUUGUUGCUCCUGUUCCCAACAACAAAAUUUCAUGGACCAGAGCACCACACAAAUCAUCCAUCCAGCAAUCUUUUCCAAAUGCUUUGGAAGACGAUGACGGCUUGCGACAUGGUGAUCAUAUAUAUAUAAUAUA